GCUUAGCUAGAUAUUUCCAGGGAGAUCGUCAUAGUAGGUCUGGAGUCGAAGAAGAACACCUGUCCUCCCUGGCAAGAUGUAGAUGUGAUCCAGAUGAAUGCACUCGAGCACUGAAAUUGAAUUUGGAUUUCCUGAAUGAAAGGCUUUUACCCUAUUUCAAAACAAGAUUCUGGAGAGAAGAGCAGAAUGAGAGCUUCCCAAGCAUCACAUGCCUCCUGCUUCUUAUCCUUGCUAAUGCUAUUCCUUCCAGUCACUGGAACUUCAAAACAAAAUAUCCCGAGACUUAAGCUUUCCUAUAAAGACUUGCUGCUCUCAAACAGCUGCAUCCCAUUCCUGGGCUCAGUGGAGGGGCUUGAUUUUCGAACCCUGCUGCUAGAUGAGGAGAGGGGUCGGCUGCUAAUCGGAGCUAAAGACCACAUCUUCCUGCUCAGCUUGGUUGAUUUAAACAAAAAUGUAAAGAAGAUUUACUGGCCUGCAGCAAAAGAAAAGGUGGAAUUAUGCAAAUUAGCUGGGAAAGAUGCCCAUACAGAAUGUGCAAAUUUUAUCAGGGUUCUUCAGCCCUACAACCGGACCCAUGUUUACGUCUGUGGAACAGGAGCCUUCCACCCUAUCUGUGGAUAUAUUGAACUUGGAACACACAAAGAGGAAACAGUUUUCAGACUGGACACACAGACCUUGGAGUCUGGCAGACUGAAAUGUCCUUUCGAUCCUCAGCAGCCUUUUGCUUCCAUAAUGACAGAUGAGUACCUCUAUGCUGGAACAGCUUCUGAUUUCCUUGGCAAAGAUACUGCUUUAACACGUUCUCUGGGCCUGUCUCAGGACCACCAUUACAUUAGAACUGACAUUUCUGAACAUUACUGGCUUACUGGAGCAAAAUUUAUUGGACUCUUCCCCAUCCCGGACACGUACAACCCAGAUGAUGACAAAAUCUAUUUCUUUUUCCGAGAAAUAUCACAAGAUAGCAGUACCUCUGAUAAAACAAUCCUUUCCCGAGUUGGAAGAGUGUGUAAGAAUGAUAUGGGCGGUCAGCGGAGCCUCAUAAAUAAGUGGACAACUUUCCUUAAAGCAAGGCUGGUGUGUUCAAUACCUGGGCCUGAGGGAGCAGACACACAUUUUGAUGAGCUCCAAGAUAUAUUCUUACUUUCUACAAGAGAUGAGAGAAACCCUCUAGUGUAUGGAGUCUUCACCACUUCAAGCUCUGUAUUCAAGGGCUCUGCAGUAUGUGUGUACAGCAUGGCUGAUAUCAGAGCUGUGUUCAACGGUCCUUAUGCUCAUAAAGAAAGUGUGGAUCAUCGAUGGGUACAAUAUGAAGGUCGCAUCCCGUAUCCAAGACCUGGUACAUGUCCAAGCAAAACCUAUGACCCACUUAUAAAAUCUACCCGAGAUUUUCCAGAUGACGUCAUUAGUUUUAUCAGACGUCAUCCACUGAUGUACAAGUCAGUUUACCCGGUGACUGGAGGACCUGUAUUUACGAGGAUCAACGUCGACUACCGACUGACACAGAUUGUGGUGGAUCAUGUUAUGGCAGAAGACGGUCAAUAUGAUGUUAUAUUCCUUGGAACAGAUCUAGGGACAGUUCUCAAAGUUGUAAGUAUUACCAAGGAGAAGUGGGCAAAGGAGGAAGUAGUCCUGGAAGAGCUGCAAAUAUUCAAGCAUCCAUCAGUUAUCUCAACUAUGGAGAUUUCCCUGAAGCAGCAACAAUUGUACAUUGGUUCCAGAGAUGGAUUGGUUCAGCUCUCAUUGCACAGAUGUCACACAUAUGGGAAGGCUUGUGCAGACUGCUGCCUGGCCAGAGACCCAUACUGCGCUUGGGAUGGAAACUCAUGUUCCAGAUAUGCACCCACUUCUAAAAGGAGAGCUAGGAGGCAAGAUGUCAAAUAUGGAGACCCAGUUGCCCAGUGUUGGGAUGUGGAAGACAGCAUUAGUCAUGAAACUGCUGAUGAAAAGGUGGUUUUUGGCAUUGAAUUUAAUUCAACUUUUCUGGAAUGUAUUCCUAAGUCCCAGCAAGCCUCUAUUAGGUGGUAUAUUCAACGCUCUGGAGAAGAACAUCGAGAAGAGCUGAAGGCCGACGAGAGGAUUAUCAAAACGGAACAUGGCCUGCUGAUCCGCAGCUUGCAGAAAAAGGAUGCUGGAGCCUAUUACUGCAAAGCCCAGGAGCACACAUUCAUCCACACCAUUGUGAAGUUGAACUUGAACGUCAUAGAAAACGGGCAAAUGGAAAGCACGCAGAAACCGGAGGACGAGGAAGGGCGGGUGAGGGAUUUACUAACCGAGUCCCGGCUGAGGUACAAGGAUUACAUCCAGCUUGUCAGCAGCCCCAGCUUCAGCCUGGAUGAGUAUUGUGAACAGAUGUGGCACCGGGAGAAGCGGCGGCAGCGGAACAAAGGCGGGGCCAAAUGGAAGCACGUGCAGGAGAUGAAGAAAAAGCGAAAUCGAAGGCACCAUGAAACUGCCAGCCGACAUGCAGGCCCUACAGCCACGUAAUUUGGAUAUUCUAUUUAAAGACAGAACAUUUUACAUGUGAAAAUACUGUGUUGGGGGCGGGGGGGGGCACGUGUUGCAUCCUUCCUUGUAAUUAAUAUUGCUUCUCACUGAGAUCAUAUAAUGCACAGUCAUUCUUAAUCAGUAUAAGGCUGUACUCUGGAAUACAAUAUCAAAUGAGAUGUUUCUGAUUUGAGUACCGCAUCCUAGGCAAUAUUUAAAAAAAAAAAAGUUUUGGACUUUUAGGUGGUACUUGGAGGGUGAGAGGCCAAUACGUGGGAUUUCAUGUGGGUGUUUCAUAGUUUCACUAACAUAAUUUUUCCAUAGGAUUUAGCGUUUGUAUUACUGGCUGUUAUUAAUUGGCUGCUACAUUCCACUCCAGAAGUGGCUACAUUUCAGGGGUGGGCAGAUGUAUUUGUAGAAGUGUUUUGGCAUCUUUAUAGAUGAAAGGUGAUAUAUAAAUAUGUGACAGAUCUGCAAAACAACACUAACUUAACCCUUGGGCUCAUAACUAGGCAUAUGGGUGGGGGUUGCUAGCACAGAAAGGCGAUGUGAAAAAAAUCAAUUAAGUAUUGGCUUAGGAGUAACUUGUGUCUGUGCCAAGAAAAGAAAAAGAAAAGCCUGAUCAUAGUUUAAGAGGAGGAAAUACAGAGCGUUAUUCAUUAGGGUUUAAGUAGCCACCAGUUUGCAGUCCAUCUGCUGAAAUGAAAUGUUGACUCAAAUUGAAACUGCCAGCAAGAUACUGGAGAGUAAAUGUCCUAAACGGUGCGUGGGAGAUGUGUGCACAAAUCCGAUUAACAAAUAAUCGGAUUUCUGCCUUCACCUUUUUUUGUUUCUCUGAACAUUUUACCCAGAUUGUCUCCACUCACCUCUAUAACUCCGACCUUUUUGCUGGCUUCUUUUCAUGCUGUUAGUUCAUGGAAGAAAAAAGUAAAGGAAGAGGACAAAAAUACACUUGAUAAGAUAAGACAAUGAGGGAAACCUAUUUUUUGACAGAGAUAGUGCAAACAUUCCUCAGAUACGUGUGUAUUCUUUUUUUUCUGUUUUAAAGGUCUUGUGUAUUUCAGAGUCAAAAUGUUGCAUUGUUGGAAUAAAUACUUUUUAUUAUAAUUAAAU